AUGCUGCUGGGCCCCUGGCUGCUGGCGGCGGCGGCGGCGGUGGCGGCGGCGGGCGCGGGCUGCCCGGUGCUGUGCAGCUGCCGCGGGCAGGCGGUGGACUGCAGCGGGCAGCGCCUCUUCUCCGUGCCCCCCGAGCUGCCGCUGGACACGGGCAACCUGAGCCUGGCCCACAACCGCAUCGCCAGCAUCCCGCCGGGCUACCUGGGCUGCUACGGGCAGCUGCGUGCCCUCGACCUGCGCAACAACUCGCUGGCGGCUCUGCCGGCCGGGCUGUUCCGCGGCGCCCGGCGCCUGGCGCAUCUGGACCUCAGCUACAACAACUUCAGCCUGGUGCCCGCCGACAUGUUCCGCGAGGCCAGCGCGCUGCUGCGCCUCGACCUCAGCCACAACCCGGGGCUGCGCCGCGUCCACCCCCAGGCCUUCCGCGGCCUGGCGCAGCUGCGAGAGCUGGACCUCAGCUACGGCGGCCUGGCCGCCCUCAGCCUCGACGCCCUGGAGGGGCUGCCCGGCCUCGUGGGGCUGCGCCUGGGGGGCAACCCCUGGCUCUGUGGCUGUGCCAUGGAGCCCCUGCUCAAGUGGCUGCGGGGGCGCAUCCAGCGCUGCUCCUCGGAUUCGCAGCAGGCCGAGUGCUGGGCUCCCCCCGAGGUGGCGGGGGCCCCGCUGCUGUCGCUGACGGAGGAGAGCUUCCAGGCCUGCCACCUCACGCUGACCCUCGACGACUAUCUCUUCAUCGCCUUCGUCGGCUUCGUCGUGUCCAUCGCCUCGGUGGCCACCAACUUCCUGCUGGGCAUCACGGCCAACUGCUGCCACCGCUGGAGCAAGGCCAGCGAGGACGAGGAUGUUUAGGGACCGUCACCGCCGAUAGACCCCCGCCCCGGCCACCCCCCGGCCCGGCCGCCCCCGCGGGGACACCAGACUGUGCCUUGUCCGCGUCCCCUCCUGCCGCCCCCCGCGCCGGGGUGGCCCUGGAGACACUGGGGACACCAGGGGACAGCCCUGCUUCCUUUUGCCCCAAAGUGGGGAGUUUUUGCACCCCCCAUCACCGUGAGCUUGGACCCCCUCCUGUACUGUUCCCACUGCCCGGGACUGGUUGAGGCAGCAAUUUGGGAAUCCCUUGGGAACCCCCCACCUCUGCCUGGGAGAGACAAAGUGUGUGUUUCUUGGGGACCGGAGCCACUCUCCUGGGGGCAUCGAGGAAAUCCCUGCUUUCAACCCCAAAGCAGCACCGCUGGAGCUCCCCAAAUCCUGCACAUACUCUCCAGCCUCCCCAAAAAUCCAGGGGGGCAGGAAGCGUUGCUGACACCCAGCUCGUCACCACUGCUCCAGGGCACGCCUGCACCUUGCUGGUGUCACCAGGAUGUGCUGGAACAGCACCGGGACCACUGAACCUGGCAGUGGGACGGGCUGUGACAUCUCCAGAGGAUGGCACAUCCCAGGGAUUGCAUCUCCCAGGGAUGACAUCUCCUUCCUCUUUGGGGCCAAACAGGAGCCCAGCAUUGCCCACCCUGGGGGAAGUUUGGGAGGGGGAAGGAGCUCUAAAAAAGGGCAAAAAAAGAAAAAAAAAAACAGAAAGCCAACGACCCUCUGUCCAGCUGGGAUGGCCAUGUCCCCAGUGCCUGUGUCACCUGUCCCUGGUGUCCGUGUCACCCUGUCACCGUGGGAGCACAUCAGGUGUGGAGUGGCGCUGGGGGCUGAGGGCUGGGGUCACCCAGGGGCUGCUUUGUCCCUUCCCUUGUCCCCUAUGGAGGCUGAGUGCAUGGGGAGGGGGGUUUGGUUUAAUUGCAACCCACUCCAGAAGGGCUCCAGCUGCACCCCAGCCCUGCCCCCGGGAAAGGGAACUUGGCCUCUGCCUUCUCUAUUUUGCCUGGGUUUUUAUUAUUUUCCUUUCAGUGAGUCCAAGAACCCCCCUGCUCCACACACCCUGCAUCCCUCACAAUUCCUGCACCCCUGCACCAGCCACAUGGACAUGGAGCAUCCACCUGCAUCCCACUGACUCCUUCCUCUGCCUCACCCUCAUCCUCUUCUUUUUGUAUUUAUGUUUUAUUUUCCUUCUCUUUUGUUUCUCCUU